UUGAUCAUGAACCAAAACCACUAAUGAAACUUAUUUUUAUUAAAUUGAUUUAUCAAUAAGCCCCAAUUAAUCACCAUAAAAUUGCAUUCACAUUGUUAUUUCAAGUAGCGGUUUAAUUUUUAAAUUUUAAUCUAUUUUUCCCGAUAAACAUAUCACAUAGAUAAAACUUUAUUUUCUUAAGCUAUAGUGGUACGAGUAAAAUUAAAGGAUACUCCGUAAUAAUACUAUCUCCGGGUUGAAAUGCCCCUGAAACGGAAAUAUGACGGCAACAACGCGGUUGAAACGGCCGCCGUUUCGCCGGAAGAUGACCAAAUGACUACCUCUUCUCUCCAUUCUUUCGGCGAAUCCGAGGACGAUAAUCAUGGCUUCACUAUUAAAAUCAUCGAGAAUAUGAGAGAAGAGUAUGGUAUGUUUGUAUGGCCGUGUAGUGUUGUUCUUGCUGAAUAUGUUUGGCAACAACGAUCCCGCUUUUCUGGAACUUCGGUUACUGAGCUGGGUGCAGGAACCUCAUUGCCUGGAUUGGUAGCGGCGAAAGUGGGGGCAGAUGUCACUUUGACUGACGAUUCUAAAAGAGUGGAGGUGCUGGAGAACAUUAGGAGUGUUUGUGACUUAAAUAAGCUGAGCUGUAAGGUAAAGGGACUCACAUGGGGAAUCUGGGAAGCACAGAUAUUCGAAUUGCAUCCCCAAAUAUUACUUGGGGCUGAUGUAUUGUAUGAUACCAGUGCCUUUGAUGAUCUCUUCAGCACUGUUGCAUUCUUGCUUCAAACUACACCAGGAUCAGUUUUUAUAACAUCUUAUCAUAAUCGAAGUGGACAUCAUCUUAUAGAAUUCUUGAUGGUUAAGUGGGGUUUAAAAUGUAUAAAACUCUUGGAUGCCUUCUCUUUUAUGCCAUCUGAUAAAGCAUCUGGACUUAGUGGUAAUAUUCAACUAGCUGAAAUUGUUUACGUUAGCCAACAGGUGACAUCUUGCUCCAAAGACGGCUGAUUAGUGAUUACCAAUUGCUUUCAUCUUCGAUGUGGGGUUGUAGUCUUCAAAAUACUUCAGAUUGAAUGCUGCUGUCGUUGUCUGAGACAGCAGUCCUGGGCUAAGGCUGACAAUUCCAAACAAAUGAACUGAUAUGCUCAGCCAAAAAAAAAAAA